AUGACGAACACUUUUACAUAUGAUAAGAAGACUAGUGCAGAACAACCAUUGUUCGAGUUUAAUUCAUCAUAUACACCCAGGGUAUCGUACCAUUUCAAUCCCAAAGUUUCAAACUAUCACUAUGGUGUGAGACAUCCCAUGAAACCAUUUCGUUUGAUGUUAACUGAUCAUUUGGUAUCAGGAUAUGGUUUACAUAAGAUAAUGGAUCUAUAUGAAACUAGAAGUGCAACUCCAGAUGAAUUACGUGAAUUUCAUUCCGAUGAUUAUGUGAAAUUUUUAUUAAAAGUUACACCUGAAAAUAUAAGUAAGAUGCCAAGAGGUACGUUUGAAAAAUUUAAUAUUGGUGAUGAUUGUCCAAUUUUUCAAAAUAUAUUUGAUUAUAGUUCUUUAUAUGCAGGUGCAUCAUUGGAUGCAUCAAAAAAAUUAAUUAAUGAUCAAUCAGAUAUUGCAAUAAAUUGGUCAGGUGGGUUACAUCAUGCCAAAAAGGGUAACCCAUCUGGAUUUUGUUAUAUUAAUGAUAUUGUCCUUUCAGUUCUAAAUUUAUUAAAGUAUCAUCCUAGAGUACUUUAUAUUGAUAUAGAUUUACAUCAUGGUGAUGGUGUACAGGAGGCAUUUUAUACAACUGAUAGAGUCUUUACUGUUUCUUUUCAUAAAUAUAAUGGUGAAUUUUUCCCAGCAACUGGUGAUAUUAAUGAAAUUGGUUGCUCAAAAGGUAAACACUUUGCAAUGAAUGUACCGCUUGACGAUGGUAUUGAUGACGAAUCAUAUAUUACCUUAUUUAAAUCCGUGAUUGAUCCAUUGAUUACUACAUAUAAACCAACAGUGAUUAUUCAACAGUGUGGAGCAGAUUCAUUGGGUCAUGACAGAUUGGGCUGUUUUAAUUUAAACAUUAAGGCACAUGGUGAAUGUGUCAAUUUUGUAAAAUCGUUUGGGAUUCCAAUGCUUGUAGUUGGAGGUGGAGGUUAUACUCCAAGAAACGUCUCUAGAUUAUGGGCUCAUGAAACUGGUCUUUUAAAUAACGUAUUACUCCCAAAGGAAUUGCCCGACGGGCUUCCGUUUAGAGACUCAUUUGGACCUGAUUAUACAUUAUAUCCAGUGUUGGAUGAUUUGUUUGAGAAUAAAAAUUCCAAGAAAUAUUUGGAAGAUACGAGAAUACGUUGCUUAGAAAAUAUUAGGUAUUUACAAGGUGCUCCAAGUGUUAGAAUGGAUGCAGAGUUGAUACCAACUCAGGAUAUAUCUGGCCUAACAGAAGAUGAAGAGGAUGAAAUUAAUGAAAUAAACGAAGAGGAUGAUCUCUGGAGAUUGAAUCAAAUCGAAAAGGAAAAUUCGAAAAUACGAGAGUUCAUGUGA